AUGGCAGGGAAAACCUUCGAGUCAUCAAGCAGGGGUUGCUUGAAAUUUGAGGCAGGAAGACCAGUCGUAACUUACGUUCAAAGCCGACCUAAAGAACGUGCACUGCGUGCACACCCACGACGAAAGCAACCUGGCCAGCUGUUGCUCCGUGCAGCCAUUUCCAGUUUUCUGCUCGAAAUUGUAGCACUUGCUUUGGGGUAUUUUGCGAUGGAGGAGGAGCAUGACAGCAGCGAGAACAGACCUGCAAGCAGGUUUUGGGAGUUGCACCAGAGGUUGGCCGAGUGCUAUGUUCAAGACAUGGCCGGCAGAACAGAGAAGCGGCUACCUGACAGUUUUCAAUCAUUCGUUGCAAAGCGACGUUCCUCCCAACAAGCCAUGAGCCCGGUCAUCACCGAAAGGCGAGAAGUCAACAUCACGACUUUACUGGAUUCCAAGGGCAAAGCCCGGACAGAGACUGACAUCACCCUGGCUCCUCUUCCUUGUUGGAAACAGCACAAAUCGGAGCACCGCACUUCUAGCAAUCGCGCGGUUUCUGUAGAUGCCCUGAUGUCGUCGCUUCCCAAAAGGUCUGGUUCAUUCACGGCUGGUGGUAAGGAUGGAGUAGGUUUAGAGCUACCUCUUAGGGGUAGGGCCAGUUCGCUGGUGCUACAUCCAGGAGGAGCGCGCAGGACAGUAUGGAACAUUGCAGUCGCACUAGGUGUGCUGCAUGAUUUAAUCUUCGUGCCAAUGUAUGUCUUCAAUCUCCCUGACACGACGUUCUUCAAAGUCAUGGAGUGGGUAACGCAGAUAUUUUGGAAUGUGGAUCUCAUCGUUUCGCUUUUCACCGGCUACUACGACGAAGGCAUGCUCGUCCUGGAGCUGAAGAAAACGGUGAUGAAUUAUGCUAAGACAUGGAUGAUUUUCGAUGUCUGCCUCAUCACAUUGGACUGGUCGAUUGUUUGGAUAGACACUUUAGGUGCCGAUCAGGGUGACUUCGUACAGUGGUCACGCACAAUCAGCAUGCUCCGGAUCCUGCGCCUACUUCGUAUGCUUCGCUGGGUGAAGCUUCGCCGGGUGAAUGAAGUCUUCCAAGAGUUGCUCCACACACAAGCUGCGAGCCUGUACUACAGUCUCUUUGGUAGCAUUGCGCGUUUGCUCAUUCUGAAUCACCUGGUGGCCUGCUGCUGGUAUGCAGUCGGCAAUAUUGGUGGUGAAACAGGCUGGGUUGCCGCCGAUGGAUUGGAGACGCAUUCACUCUACCACAAGUAUGUGGUGUGUCUGAACUGGGCAUUCGCACAGCUAAGCGUCGGCUCAAGCGAGCUGGUUCCUGCCAGCACUUUCGAGUUCUCAUUCUGCGUCUUAGUGGCUUUCAGAUCUUUGAUAACAUACUCCACACUCAUCAGCACCAUGACGUCGCUGCUGAGCGGCCUCAGCAAGAUCAAGGAGGAUGAGAAUACCGAGUUCCGGAUGUUACGAAGCUACUUGGUUUUUCACGACAUCGGCAAAGAGCUGCAGCAAAAGGUGACGCGAUUCUUGCAACACCAGUACGGCCUUCGGCAGCAAGCAAAAUCUGCAGAUGCCCAAGUUCCCUUACUGGAGCUGCUUUCCUCUCGACUCCAAGGAGAGUUGAGCUUCGCAAAAUAUAGGAAGGCUCUUGAAAGGCUGGCCUUUGUUGAUGAGCUCUUGAUGUCAAAUGAUUUGGUCCUCAUGCAGGUCUUGCACAAGUUGGCCGUUAAGGCCGUGCGGGAUACUGUUGCAGCCGGUAAGGACGUCAUCUUCCUUGCCGGAGACGUGGCCUCCGCAUCGUUCUUUAAAGUCUCAGGUGAUCUAACUUAUUUCCAUAGCAAUGAGCAAUAUGAAAUUGUCAACUCGACUUGGAUAUCAGAGCACUGCCUGUGGACACCGUGGGUGCACUUGGGCGACCUGGUCUCUCAAGACUUCAGUCGGCUGGUCGUGAUUCACGUGCAGGAGUUCUGCGACAUUCUUCGUGAAAAUGCUCGAGCACACAGUGCUGCCGCAAAUUAUGCGAAAGACUUCAUUGCCAGUAUGCGCACCCGUCCGCUUUGGACCGACAUCCUUCCGCAGAAGGAGACACUUGCGGGUGUCAGCGAGCGUGAGGUAACUCUUCCACUCAAAUGUUGUGACCGGCUGAGGGCCCAGUGGCUGGGCACGAGGGCAGCUCCUACUUCGGACCCACGAGUGUCUCCGCUCGACUUCCAUGUCAUCCGCCCGGACGAGGACGCUUCAGUGGGAUAG